AUGGCAGCUGGAGAAGUUUAUGCAACACUAGUAUUGAAAGUGAGGAUAACUAUAGAACUUCAGGAUUUCAAUAGACUAGACCUAUCAUAUAUUUUAAAAGUGGCCCCUGAUAAAGAGGAACUAGCUGAAAUUUACCAGAACUUCUUUAACACGGAAACUGCUGUCUACAAUCAAGUGAUACCGGAAUUAGAAGAAAUGUACCGUCAAGUUGGUUUAAAUAUUCAAUUUGCUCCAAAAACCUUUCAACUUGGUCCAGAAGUUCCUUCUCUUAAUAUUCUUUUGGAGGAUUUAAAUAUACGAAAUUUCAAACAUGUUAAUCGUUUGGAGGGGUUGGACUUGGAGCAUAUACAAGCUGUACUCCGAAAACUGGCACAAUUUCAUGCAGCAUCAGCUUUUAGAGUUAUCAAAAAGGGAUCCUAUGAUAAGAAAGUAACUCCUGAUAUGGAUAAUCACUAUCCACGUUACAUACUGAAUCAAAUGGUGGAUUCGUUUACACAGCCGUUUUUGAAGAAUUUGACAUACUGCAAGAAUGGUGGUAAAUAUAAAGAUGUUAUGAAAAAUUUUAUGUUUCAUGCGGUUGAAAAGAUAAUUAGGGCACGCAAACCACAUCCGUAUUAUUUCAAUGCACUUAAUCAUGGUGACUGUUGGUCCAACAAUAUCCUAUUCAAGUACUCUGAUGAUGGCAAAGUGGAAGAUCUUCUCUUCAUCGAUUUCCAAAACACCAAUUAUGGUUCGCCGGCCCAAGAUAUCUUCUAUUUUAUUAUUACAUCAACUAAUAUAAACAUUAAGAUAUCAAAAUUUGAAUACCUUAUUUACUAUUAUCAUCAGCAGCUAGAAGAGCAUUUGUGGAUUCUCAAACAUCCUUUGGAGCAGAUCCCGAGUUUGAGGGAACUACACCAACAGCUUAUUGUAUAUGGCUUCUGGGCCACCAUAACGUCAUCAAUCACUAUGGGAGUUGCUCUAAUGGAUCCUCUCCAAAAUGCCAUAUUUUAUGCUGAUAACCAAAAAUUAUCGAGUGAUCACAAGAACGCCAUGUAUUCGAAUCCACUUUACAUACAGCAUAUGAAUACGUUGCUGCCAUGGUUGGCUAGUCGAGGUUACAUGGAGACAGAUGAAUUUGUUUACACUUCUACCUCGUAG